AAGCGGAAGAAGUGCGACUCGUACGCGCAUUUAAAGUACCUACAAUAAUCAUUACAAUUCACAGUGUUUCUUAAUGCAUUCAUUACUUUAUCAAUGCUGAAUCCCAGAAGAGUGUCACUCGAAUGCAAAGUGUAAACAAAGCUGACGUGGAAAGCGUUACGCAGCGUAAUUCACGCUAAAUAAACUUACAGGCGCUACAAUACCACCAACAUCAUAUUCCAAAUAAAUCCAGAUCAAAUCUAAGCUGCUUUUCAAUUAAAUAUAAAAUGAGCGACAAUAAAAAAUAACAACAAGCUUUUAUACUAAAGAAAACACUCGUGUAAUGAUAAAAAGAGCGUAAACGAAGUUUAAUUCUGCAAAAAAGCACAACUUUACAGAUUAGCACCUCACAACCGCUCAUUAUACGCCGGAUCAGAAUCAGCGCCACAUUGGCAGGAUGACCAAUUAGCUUUAUUGUUGGUUUAACGAUAAUUUUUUCUUUCGAGUAGAAUGUGAUACACGAAAGAAAAGUUAAAAUAUAUGAAAGCGUGAAAAUGUGUGUUAACUGAAAACACACACACAUACGUGUUAGUUGUAAAAUGUUAUAAAAAGUAAUUAACAAAAUCACAAGUGCUGUGCUCAGUAACAACAACAUGGAGAAAAAGUCAAACAAUACGCUGUGCUGUUAGUAAAAACCGACAAAAGAUAGUGCAACAAAAAAGUGUAAUGUGAAAACCAAUUGAAAAGUUUUGUGCAAAAAAUUAGAUAACUAAAAAAUGCAAGAUACACCGUGUAAAAAAUAACGCUAACAGUAGUGAGACCGUUAUUUACACUUCUGCAUAAAAGUGUGCAUACACGCAGGCAACGUAUUUUGCAACUUUGUACGGCAACGUCAUCAAGAAGCUACAAAAAAUAACAACAAACAGUACGUGCCAGCAUAAGCACUGCCGCUGUAAGGCUGAAAGGCGACUGUUCGACUGCUUCUGUCCUCAGUUUAUGUGUGUGUGCGUGCCAAGUGAGGCGCUUGUGCAUGUUAGCCCAGCGCGUUUGUGUGUGUUGGUGCAGUGUAUGUGAAGCGAAAAGUGCAGGAGCAGUGCAGUGAAUGUGCAUUCAAAAUGCUUAAAGGAUUAAAAGUUUUCACAUUUUUAUGGCUGACGCAUGCGGCGAGCACUUGGCUGAAUUUCACCGGCGUUCAAGCACAACCGUCAUCAUUAACCGAGAAAAUCCCAUUAGGCGCCAUAUUCGAGCAGGGCACCGAUGAGGUGCAAUCUGCGUUUAAAUACGCAAUGCUCAAUCACAAUCUCAACGUAUCGUCACGCCGUUUCGAGCUGCAAGCAUACGUGGAUGUCAUCAAUACGGCGGAUGCAUUUAAAUUGUCACGCUUAAUAUGCAAUCAAUUUUCGCGUGGCGUUUAUUCCAUGUUGGGCGCUGUAUCACCGGAUUCAUUUGAUACAUUGCACUCGUACAGCAAUACGUUUCAAAUGCCAUUCGUGACGCCAUGGUUUCCAGAGAAAGUGCUGACGCCCUCAUCCGGCUUCCUCGACUAUGCCAUAAGUAUGCGCCCGGAUUAUCAUCAGGCGAUUAUCGAUACAAUACAAUUUUAUGGAUGGCGUAAAAUAAUUUAUCUCUACGACUCACAUGAUGGACUCCUGCGAUUGCAACAGAUUUACCAAGGGCUUAAACCCGGCAACGAGUCAUUUCAAGUGGAAAUGGUAAAGCGUAUUGCGAAUGUAACAAUGGCCAUCGACUUCCUGCAUACGCUCGAGGAUUUGGGACGCUUCACCAACAAAUACAUUGUGCUGGAUUGCCCAACGGAAAUGGCCAAACAGAUACUCAUUCAACAUGUGCGCGAUAUAUCGCUCGGAAGAAGGACAUAUCACUAUUUGCUAAGCGGUUUGGUAAUGGACGAUCGUUGGGAGAGUGAAAUCAUCGAAUUUGGUGCCAUCAAUAUAACCGGAUUUCGUAUUGUUGACACUAAUCGUCGGUUCGUACGUGAUUUCUUUGACAGUUGGAAGCGCUUGGAUCCGGCAACAUCGAUUGGCGCCGGCAGGGAAUCAAUUUCGGCACAGGCAGCCCUCAUGUACGAUGCCGUUUUCGUGCUGGUCGAAGCCUUCAACAAAAUACUGCGCAAGAAACCCGACCAAUUCCGCAACAACAUCCAGCGGCGGGGUCAACAAACACUAAUGGCAGCGGCCUCCACAUCCAUUAACGGUACACUGGGCAUGGCAGCUGGCGGCAGCGUUGGCGGCAUUGGCAAUGGAAUCGGUGGCAGCGGCGGUAGCGGAGGUGGAGGCGGUGGCAUUGGCAUUGGUAACGGUGGUGGCAAUGGUGGUGGCGGCGGGACAAUGCCUCGAGCGCUCGACUGCAACACAUCGAAAGGUUGGGUGAACCCAUGGGAACAUGGUGAUAAAAUUUCGCGCUAUUUGAGAAAGGUGGAAAUCGAAGGUCUCACAGGCGACAUUAAAUUUAACGACGACGGUCGGAGGGUGAACUACACACUGCACGUUGUCGAAAUGACUGUCAACAGCGCCAUGGUGAAAGUGGCUGAAUGGAGUGAUGAUGCUGGCCUUCAACCGCUCUCCGCCAAGUACGUGCGUCUACGGCCGCAUGCGGAAAUCGAAAAGAAUCGCACAUACAUCGUUACCACAUUGCUCGAGGAGCCGUACAUGAUGUCGAAACGCCCCGGCAUUGGUGAGCAAUUGGAUGGCAAUGACCGCUUUGAGGGUUACUGCAAGGACUUAGCCGAUUUAUUGGCCAAGAAGUUGGGCAUCAAUUAUGAAUUACGACUGGUCAAGGAUGGCACAUACGGUUCAGAGAAUCCCACAGUGCGCGGCGGCUGGGAUGGCAUGGUCGGUGAACUGGUACGGCGGGAAGCGGAUAUUGCAAUCGCUGCCAUGACCAUUACCGCCGAACGGGAGCGUGUCAUCGAUUUCAGCAAGCCAUUCAUGUCACUGGGCAUUUCAAUAAUGAUUAAGAAACCGGUGAAGCAAACGCCUGGUGUAUUCAGUUUCAUGGAUCCAUUAUCCCAGGAAAUUUGGAUGAGUGUCAUCUUCAGCUACAUUGGAGUAAGCAUCGUGCUGUUCUUUGUUUCCCGCUUCUCGCCGUAUGAGUGGCGCAUUGUGCAGUAUCAGACAGAUUCGCAUGCACAUCACGAUCAAAUGGCUAAUCAACAGCCACCUGGCAUCAUCGGCGGUGUACCUGUGCCCGGUCCAAUGACCGGUGCGACUAGUGCCACGGCUAGCCCGGCAAAUAUUGGCGUAGUCGGUGCUGGUGGUGUGGCCGGAAGCGUUGGCCUCGGCUCAUCCGGCAAUGUAGCGGUCAACGAGUUUAGCAUUUUGAAUUCAUUUUGGUUUGCCUUGGCCGCUUUCAUGCAACAGGGCUGCGACAUAUCACCGCGUUCCAUCUCCGGUCGCAUAGUUGGCGCCGCUUGGUGGUUUUUCACGCUCAUUCUAAUUUCAUCGUAUACAGCCAAUUUGGCAGCGUUUCUCACUGUCGAGCGGAUGGUGACACCAAUCAAUUCACCCGAAGACUUAGCUAUGCAGACGGAAGUGCAGUAUGGUACGCUCUUACAUGGCUCCACCUGGGACUUUUUUCGGCGUUCCCAAAUCGGCUUACAUAACAAGAUGUGGGAGUAUAUGAAUUCGAAAAAGCAUGUCUUUGUGAGCACAUACGAUGAAGGCAUACGUCGAGUGCGCACAUCAAAAGGCAAAUAUGCCCUGCUGAUGGAAUCGCCAAAGAAUGAGUAUGUGAAUGCCAGAGAACCCUGCGAUACGAUGAAAGUCGGACGUAAUCUGGAUACGAAAGGAUUUGGCAUAGCAACACCGAUUGGAUCGCCUUUGAGAGAUCCGAUUAAUUUGGCUGUGCUAUCGCUGAAGGAGAAUGGUGAAUUGAUCAAAUUGCGCAACAAAUGGUGGUAUGACAAAACUGAAUGCAACCUCAACAAGGACAAUCAGGACACAUCACGCAGUGAAUUGUCAUUGAGUAAUGUGGCUGGUAUAUUUUAUAUAUUGAUUGGUGGCCUCUUGGUGGCUGUCUUUGUGGCUAUCAUUGAGUUUUGCUUUCGCAGUAAAGCGUCCGCACAAAAGGCGAACGGCUCCAUGCUGAGUUCAGCGUCCGGCGGUGGUUCACAUCAAAGGAAUUCUCUAACAGAUGCCAUGCAUUCUAAAGCGAAAUUGACUAUUCAAGCGAGCAGAGAAUAUGAUAAUGGUCGUGUUGGGUACCUCAAUUGUGCCUCUUUGCAGUAUUAUCCAGCCGGACAAUUAAGUGCCGCAUCUGAGGCCGAAACAAUGCACAUGAAUGCGCACAGUCAGGUUUGACAUGAACAUGCGCAGGAAUCGCGCCUUUGACGUACACCCUGCGCACCAACAAUACGCCGCAUAAUGGCCAACAGCCGGCAGGAAACAGAGAAGAUACUGAGCAAUCAUGAUCAAAACACAACAACAAUGCCGGGCAGCCAGAAUAGUACGCUCAUGCGAAAUCCCGAUGUAAAUCAUCCCUACGCCAAAUAAAUAUAUAUAUAUAUAUAUACAUAUACAUAAAUGCAUAUAUACUAACUCAAAAACACAUAACAAUGUGAAAAAGCUAAACUUACAAAAAACAUAUACUGAAACAACAUUCAAAAAAGUGGAAUUAAGCGUGUGAAAGUAUCAAAAAUAAUAACUUAAUAAAAUAAACUAGGAGCGUAUAUAUAGAUAUUACUAAGAGUGAAAAUAAAAAUAAAUGUGUUAUUAUAUAAGUAAAAACACAGAUGAAAUCAUACAUAAAACACAUUUUUUGUUUGGUGUUUGUCAUGUGAUAAAAACUCAUUGCAGACAUACAGUCACAUACAGAACACUGCAAAACACAAGUGAAACAAAUAUAAAAUUUUUUAAGUAUGUAUAUUAUACAUUUUAGCAAAGAACUCUUUAAUUAAUAU